AGAAAAUGUAAUAGGAUAUUCAUUUGCCUAAAAUUUGCAAAUACUUCUAAUCGGCAAGUAUUCUCAUCGACAAAAGUUCCAAACCCUAGAAAAAAGAAAAUGCAAUCUUUAGAUGAACAAAAUUCAAAUCCUCAACAUCCACAUUUCACCGCUACUUCGUAACCCUAAUUUUCCGGUUUUCACAUCUUGAAUCCAUUGAAUUGAAACCUUAUAGUUCCUCUUUUAGUGAAGUAAUGGACGAAAAAAUAGCAAGAUGGAUUCUGGAUUUCCUUCUGCGAACUUCAAUUGACGAGAAGAUCAUCAAUGGCGUACUCUCAUGUCUUCCUCUUCCAAAUAACGAUUCCCGCUUAAAGAAGACGAUUCUUCUGCGUAAAAUCGAAUCGGAAACUAUAAAUGGAGUCGUUUCCGAGAAAAUUCUGGAAUUGCUGGAAAUUAUCGAGGAAUUGGAUCAUAGAAUGGGGAAAUUAGCCUCGGAUUUAAUGAAGGAGGCGUACUGUGCGGUUGCGGUUGAUUGUACGGUGCGAUUUUUGGAGGAAAAUGUGGCGGAAAACGGCAAGUAUUUCGAAGCAGUGGAGAGAGUUUGGAGAAAUAGGGUUUGUAGAAUGGAGGGGUUAAUAUCGGAGGAUUCGAACCGUUGGUUGAGAGAUAUCGAAGCGGCAGUUUGGGAUUCUGGUGUUUGUGAGAAGAUUUGGAGGAGAAAUACUAGAAAUGAGGCUUUGAAGGCUGUUAAAGGGUAUGUGAAGGAUGCUUGGAAGUGUAUUGGACCUACAUAUCUUGAAUUGGUGGCCAAUUUGGUUAGGGAUGAGGGAGAGGAGCUUCGUCGUGGCAGCAGCGAUGCCGGUGGUGAGACCGUGGGUUCUGAUAAUCCAUGCUUGGAAUUGGUUGCUAGUGAAGGUAUGCAGAGAAGUCUAACAACACCUAGACGAAAACAUGUUGCAAUUAAGCGCAGACGCCUCAGAGGUGCUAAGAUUUCUGAUGCUGAUGAAGUUGCUGAAGAGUCUAAUGAUAUCUCAAACCACAAGUUAGACGAAGCGCAAGAACCACUUCAAUUGAAUUCCAUGGAGUUGGAUGCUGGUGUCAGUGAGACUCAUCCUGAUGUUUCUCGAGCAGCUCAGAAUCUGUCAUUUUCAAAGGCGAGAGACAGCACGAGUAAUGUGAAUGAGGUCGAAAAUCAGACAGGACCCGAAAUACAUGCUGUGCCUGAAGUGAGCAGAGUGCAAGAAGCACCUCAUUCUAGUAACAUGGAGCCGCAUGCUGUGACUGAUCCUCUCCUAGAAACUUUAUCAACAAAGGCAACUGACACCACAAGUAAUGUGAAAGCAGUAGGAAAUCAGACAGGACUCGGAAUGCAUGCAACACCUGAAGUUAUCAGAGUGCAAGAAGCACUUAAUUCCAGUUCCCGGGAGCUGCAUGCAGCUGUGACAGAUCCUCUUCCCAAAGCUCUUCAAAUAGCUACUUUGGCAUCAAGAGGAGUGACAGUCAACAAAGGAACUGGUAAAGAAAACCAGACAGGAUCAGAUACACGUGCAAUUCCUGAAGCGGGGAAUUCUUCUCAUGAUGUUUUUGCUGCAUUUGAGUAUGUGUCAUCUAAAAUGACAACAAGAAACAAAAGGAAUGGUGCUUUGUUAGACAAUCAGAAACAACUAGGAAUCUGUGCACCUAGAGAGUCCACCGACAACAAAUCUAAAAAUAUAGAGAAGAAAGACGACUGCACAAGAGAUGUCCUAGGCAACGAGACUCACGAUCCACCAGAACAGAACAAACGUAAGCGUAGUUUGAUGGAGCCCAAUGGCACUAGUCAUACAUUGGAGUGGGGUGAAUCUGCUGAUAGUUUGAAUCAAGAUUUAGAUGCUGGGCCUCGGUCGUCUCUUAGUCAAAGGAGGUGUAGGGUGUCCCCUUUAAAACAGUACGAGGAUAAAAAAUUUCCUUGGAGGAGAGAAAGGAAGAAGUGGACCCCAGAGCAAGAGGAUGCAUUGAGGAAUGGAGUACAGAAGUUUGGCAAGAGGUGGAAGUUGAUCCUGGAUACUUAUAGUAGCCUCUUUAGGGACAGAACUGAUGUAGACUUGAAAGAUAAAUGGCGGAACAUGAUGAGAUACCAUUCUUGAUGGCGUUUGACGGUUCGGGGUCGGGAAAUUACAUCUAACCUUACAGGAGAUGCUUGUCUUAUGGCUCUGUCAUUUUAACCUCAUAAAUCUUCCUGCCCUUUUUUUUGGUUGUUAAUAUUAAUCUGUAAUCAUUUUGUUUUGUAAAUGGUUUCUGUAUAUGUAACAGAUCCUUUUGGUUAAGGUUAUGUCCGGCUGAUUGAAAGCCCUGAUGUUGAAUCUGCAAAACAAGUGAUUCUACCAUAAUGAUAAGCUAGGAGUUUAAUCUUCA